CAGUGAAGAUUUCUGGAGAGAAAAAUAGAAACAUGGAGUAUCAAAGAGAACUUGAAACGUUGCUUCACAGACUUCACCUUCAAGACAAACAGAAGUUGUCUCCAGCAGAUUUUCUUAAAAUAGUUCCACCAGUGAAACAGGACCAUGAAACAUCUGAGGAAGAUCUAGCUCAUACUUUUCUUCAGAGGUUGAUGAUGUUAGACUACAGAGCCAGAUAUAUUCCUGUAAGACAAGACAGUGCUGAGGUGAGCCAUUCAAAUCCUGUUGCAGAGUCUGAAGCUGUUGACACAGAAGACAGUGAUGAGAUAGAUGACAGUGACUUUGAUGCUCUUUUUAGCAUCAACGUUGACUGUGAUCAAUCAGAUCAGACUCAUGUUCAUCCGAUGGACGUUCAAAUGGCAGUAUUUCACUGCUCAGACAGCUUCCUUAAGCAGAACAUGAUGACAAAGCUGUCACAGUGUCAGUACGCCUUACCUUUGCUUGUUCCUGACCCAGUCACACUGGAUGUUGAGUGUCCUCUGUGGACAUUCAGACAAAUAAGAAAAACCUGGAAGAUAACUCAAGUCAAAGGUGAUUCAAACAUUGUCACCAUGAAGAGUUCACCCAUCUGCAAAGCUGAGACACCCAUGGUGUCAUUUUUCCACCUGGGUUCACUGUCAGUGUCUAAAUCUCAGCUGAUGAACACUUUGAUCAACGAGCGUCACAACACCUUCUUCCACAGAAACUGCCCAGGUAGCACCAGAUCUCGCCUUUUGAUGGAUGGUGUGGCAGAGAUUGCCUGGUACUGUCCUGCUGGAAAACCCAAUGAUGCUUUCACUGACUGCACUGCCUUCUGUAAUCUUCAUGGUGAUGCUCUGUCGAAUGAAAAACAGCGUACAAUACUGACUGAAAAAUCUUCAGUCAAUGUUGUUCUGUUACCAACUCUGGAAAAAGGCGACAAAAGUUGGUCUGUUAUCUCAGAUCUUCUGAAGUCUCCAAAGCCUCUGAUUUGUCUCAUUACUGAUAAUGAUUGUGGUGCAGUUCAGAUAAAAAAGGGAAAAUACAAAAUGGGUCUAAAAGACAGAAGCCAGUCAGAUGUUUCUAAAGAACUGAAAAGGAUCAUUAGAAAGAUCUUGUCUGGAUCACAAACGUCCUUCCAGCUUGAAACCAUGGCCGAGGUCUCUGGGAUCAGAGUGGAUGAAGAAGGCACAGUCUGCCAAAAAGGAAAAUCUGCUGCUAUGAAAACAGUGAAUUUACUUCAGGGGAUGGAAGUUUCAGAAAUCAAAGAUAAAUUCCUCCCUUGUCAUGGCCGACUGUGGCAUGAGUGGUGCAGAAUAAAGAAAGAACUGUAUCACCUCAAAGGAAACGUUGAGAAGGACAAAAGUGAAAAGGAACAGGAACUGAUGAAAAUACGAAAAGAACAAUGUGAUGCUUCCUGUAGUGAACUGGUGAAGUUGUUCAUUGAAAGUCUCUCAUCUUUGCCAUCAACAGACAAAGAGUAUUUCCUGAAAUGGACUCAGAUCUUAAUAGACGCCCUCUCCACAGACAAUCUCACGUCAAUUCUCCAAAGCUAUGAUAAGAAGUGGUCUGAGGUCUUGGCUCUGAGGAAGAAACAUGACAAAUCUGAUCUGUUAAAAAGAAAACAAACUGUGCUUGAACAAAUAUCAACAAAACUACAGUCAGCAACUUUUGGCUUGGAGCACAUCUUUAGAGAAAUGGGGCAGAUCUAUGAAGCCCAUGAAUCUCUGCAGAAACAAACAAAGAGGAGUCGGACUGACUGGUCUAAAUACCCUGAUCUGGCUGCAGAGCUGAUGAUAUCAGGACACCCCAUGGAGCUGAUGGAUGGUGAUGCAGGUCAUGUGCCUUUGACAUGGAUCUCUACUCUUUUAAAGGAAGUCAUCAAGAGACUGGGUGACCAGAGAGUGUUUGUGUUGUCAGUUUUGGGCGUACAAAGCAGUGGAAAAUCAACAAUGCUGAAUGCCAUGUUUGGGGUGCAGUUUGCAGUGAGUGCUGGCAGAUGCACUAAGGGUGCCUUCAUGCAGCUGAUCAAAGUGUCAGAGGAGAUGAAGAGAGACUUUAAGUUUGACUAUGUGCUGGUGGUGGACACUGAAGGACUGCGUGCUCUUGAAUUAGCAGGUAACGCCGCUCUUAACCACGACAAUGAAAUGGCAACAUUUGUUGUUGGUCUGGGAAACAUGACAUUGAUCAACAUCUUUGGAGAGAAUCCAGCUGAGAUGCAAGAUGUUCUGCAGACUGUUGUUCAGGCUUUCAUGAGGAUGAAGAAAGUCAAACUUUCUCCAAGUUGUGUGUUUGUUCACCAGAAUGUGACAGAUAUUGCAGCUGCACAGAAAAACAUGGAGGGAAAGAGACGCCUGCAAGAAAAACUGGACCAGAUGACCCAACUAGCUGCCAAAGAGGAGGUUUGUGAUGCAGAGUGUUUCAGUGACAUCAUUGCAUUUGAUGUGCAAAAAGAUGUGAAAUACUUUGCCCAGCUUUGGGAGGGAAGUCCACCUAUGGCUCCUCCAAAUCCAGGUUAUAGUGAGAGCAUCCAAGAGCUGAAGAACUUCAUCCUCUCUAAAGCUUCACAGUCUGCUGGGAUUACUCUGUCACAGUUCAAAAGCAAGAUUCACGACCUGUGGAAUGCCCUGUUGAACGAAAACUUUGUUUUCAGUUUCAAAAACACUCUUGAAAUUAAAGUGUACAGAAACCUUGAGGUUCAGUACAGGAACUGGACCUGGGCUCUGAGGAGCAACAUGUUGACCAUUGAAAACCAGCUUCAUACCAGAAUUGCAAAUGGAGAUCUUGAAAAGGUUGAGCUCAGUUAUCUUUCUAAAGAAAUGAGCCAAACAUAUGGAGAAAUCCAAAAAGAAAUGUCAAAGCACUUUGAUGAUGACAGAGACAAAGAAAUGUUGGUUCAGUGGCGAGGCACAUUUGAAAGCAAAAUCAAGCAGUUUCAUGAAGAACUGGUGAGAGGAGUGAAAAGAAAACUGGAUGAAGUUAUCCAGCAGAAGAAGGCUUGUAAAAAGCUUGAUGAUCAGAAGACAGAGUUUGAGAACAAGCUGCUACAGAAGAGCAAAGAGCUCGCUCAUCAGUUAAAAGACAAGACACAAGAUGAAGAGGAACUUAAACAGCAGUUUGACUCUGUUUGGAGAGACUGGGUGAGAGAACUAACUGCAGAUACAAAACCUAUUGAAGACAUCAACUUGGAGGAAGAUCAGUCAACUAUCCUUCAUGAGCUUGGUUUUGAAUGGGCUCUUAUUGAUGAAUCCAAAAACAGUGGCAGAUACAAAAACAUAUCAGAGGCUGGUGAUUACUCUCAUUAUGUGACACUCACCAAGUAUCAGGAGCUUUGUGACGAAAGGCAACAGCCUCAAGAGAGGGAAAAGGACAAAAGAGAAAAGGGGAAACUCAGACAAUUUGUUGACUUGGUUUCAGAAACAGGUACAAAAGUAUUGAGUUACAUUAAGGGGACUCUUCAGCAUGAAGAUCAACAACUGAUCAGAUCCCUGAUUGAUGAUGUUGAAAAACAGUCACUUGAUAUAAUCAAGAACAAACCUGUAGCUACAACAGGUUACAGUCCAACUUACUUGCAAGAAGUUGCCAAAAAUGUCAAAGAGAAAGUGAAAGAAUUUGAAUCAGAGCGGAAAUUUGCUCUGAAGAAGAAGUUUACAGUCGAACUCUUACUGUAUGUGUUUGACAGAGCAGGGACUUGGCUUUCAGAGUCCCACGAGAAAUUCAAAAAGAAGAAUGAUGCACAUUCUCAUUUAGAAAGCAAAAGGCAUCAAUAUAACAAGAUUUUCAGAAGCUUCUGUAAAGGAAACUCUUCUGCUGUUGUACUCUGUGAACUGAUCUGUGGAAAAUUGAAGGUUUCCACUGUUGAGGCUGUCUGUAACAAGACUGCCAUUGAUCUAGCUGGAGAGAUGAGGUGCAGUUUCCCAGCAUUCAAUGAAAACAGACUGAACCUGGAGAAACAUGUGUUGAAGUCACUGGCAGAGAAAGAGGACUUCAGUGGUUUCAUCACCUACAUCCGUCAAGCAAGGAAACAUGUGGAGAGUUUUAUAAAAGAGGAAGUAGAGAAAUACAUCUUCACAUCACACAAAGAUAAAGCUCGGGAUAUACUCAAGAAAAAUGUUGAAGACAUCAAGCAACAUGUGAGUCAGGCUUUAUUUACUGCAACAGAGAAAGUCAAAACCCAGAGAGGAGACACAGACAUGUGGCUGGAGGAAUUUACCAGUUCUCUGAGAGAUGAUCUGACAUUUGAUGCCGUUUGUCCUGAAAACUUCAGAGACAUAAACAGUUUUGAGUUUCUUAAAGAAGAGAUAGAGAAAGGACUUGAACCCAUCAUGAAGGAGAUGAACAACCUCUCACUGAAUAAGAUGAAUGAGUUCAGACAGAAGCCUGAUCAAAUCCUCAUCGAUCAGCUGUGCAAGUGCUGCUGGGUAACGUGUCCAUUCUGUGCAGCUGUUUGCACCAACACCAUGGAAGAUCACAGUCCUGAAAAGCACAGUGUCCCUUUUCAUCGCCCCUCUGGGAUCAAUGGAUGGCACUAUAGAGGCACAGUGGAACUGGAAGUUGAUUUCUGCACAACAAAUGUUGCAAGUGAUGGAAAAUUUUACCCCGAUUCACAUUCAGAUAAGCUCAUUCCAUUUAAACAGUAUCGAACUGCUGGACCAAGGUUUGCUGACUGGAGAAUUACCCCUGAUGAGUCCAAACUGACAUACUGGAAAUGGUUUGUGUGUCGAUUUCAAAAACAACUGGAAGACCACUAUGAAUUAAAAUUCCAGGACAGAGGAGAAAUUCCCAGCGAGUGGAGAAAAUACAGUAAAGAAGAAGCGAUUAAAAGUCUGGAUGAAAUGUACAAACUGUGAGUCAACAACACAACUACU